ACAAACAUACCAAUUCCUAAUUCCAAAAAAACACAAGAUAAUACCCAUGGGCUCCUUAACUACUCUCCCUGAGCUUCUAAUAGUAGACUUCAACACUGAAGAAAUGAAGCCAGGCUCAAACUCAUGGUCAUCCGCCUGCAAAAGCAUAAGAACCGCCUUCGAAAACCACGGUUGCUUCAUAGCAUUAUGCGACUACGUCACACCCCAACUCCACAGCUUCAUCUUCAAAGCAGCCGACGACUUAUUCGACCUCCCCAUCGAAACCAAAGUCCAAAACAUCAACGAAAAGCCCUACCAUGGCUACGUCGGUCAAAUGCCCAUCGUGCCCCUCCACGAAGCUCUAGGCAUCGACUAUGCCACCACCCUCCAAGGAGUCCAAAGCUUUACCAAUCUCAUGUGGCCUCAAGGAAAUCCAUCAUUCUGUGAGAACUCUAUGGAGUUUGCAAAGGCGGUCGCGAAGCUGGAGAAGAUGGUGGUGAGGAUGCUGUUUGAGAGCUAUGGUUUGGAGGAGAAGAAGGCUGAGUCACAUGUUGAUGCAACUACCUAUCUUUUGAAGUUCUUGAAGUAUCGGUCGCCUAACGAGGGGGAGAAUAACAUGGCCUUUUUACCCCACACUGACAAGAGUUUCAUCACUAUACUUUAUCAAAACCAUGUCUCUGGACUCCAAACUAGGGCUAGAGACGGGGAGUGGAUCGAUGUCCAUUUCCCGCCUUCCUCUUUCGUUGUCAUGGCUGGAGAUGCUUGCAAGGCGUGGAGUAACGAUAGGGUGCUGUCUCCGAGUCACAAAGUGAUCAUGGAUAUGAAUGGAAACGAGACGAGGUACACAGCUGCGCUGUUUUCUUUCCUUAGCAAGACUGUGGAGGCUCCUGAGGAGUUGGUUGAUGAUGAACAUCCAUUGAAAUAUAAACCUUUUGAGCACCUCGAUUUGUUGAAGUUUUUCGAUACAAAUGGCCUGCGAUCCCAGGAUAUACUCCAAGAUUUCUGUGGUGUUUGAGCUUUUUUCAACUUUGGUUUUAUGUAUUGGUGAUUGAACAAGUUGUGAGUUUGAUUUGCUGGUUAAUUCAUGUUGUUAAUGUUGUGUGUUUGCUUGUAUGCUAUCUUAAGGAAUAAAAUAUACUCCAUAUGUGAAUAUUUCUAAA